UUAAAAGUUAUUUGUAACACAGCUAAAUACAGCUCAGCCUGAGCUCAACAGUUAGCCUGCCACUGAGCAGCCUAUGUGAUACAAGUUACCCUAGUAGUCACUGCGCUGGGAAACCAAUAAACCACGGCAAUGGAACGGAUACCUCUCUGAAAUGAGCUCGAUUUAUCGAAAUAAAUCUGGAUUUUCCUUAAUUUACGUUGAUGGAAUACCACCUGGCCAAACAUUCCAGAUGCGGUGACUGAGUUUUCUAUCCAUCAUCUGGGCUGAUGGAUAUGUGCCCUAUCGCUCAAUCUACACUUGUUUCUCAUGCCAGAGAUCUCCUAUUGGCCAAUCAUACUUGAUCGUGGGCGGAGACGAGACAGAGAGGACAUCUUAAGGCUCCAGAGAGACUCAACCAGAGAGAAACAAGCUCUGGAUAAGAGCGUCUGCUAAAUGACCAAAUGUAAGCUUCCAGAGGCUAGAUACCAGACAGGACCCAGAGAGACCAGACAGAAAACAAAGAGAGACCUGAGUUAUGGAGACACAUCAGUGUGACACCUGUGGGAAGAGCCUUUCCUCAUCCAGUAGCCUCAAGCAGCACGUGAUGAUCCACACUGGAGACAAGCUCUACAACUGUGAGCUCUGUGGCUGUAGUUUUACAACAAACGGCAGUCUGAAACGCCACAUGCAUAUCCACUCCGGAGAAAAGCCUUACAGCUGUGACCUCUGUGGUAAAACCUUUAGCCACUCUAGCCAAUUAACAGUUCACAGCAGGAUCCACACUGGAGACAAGCCCUACAACUGUCACCUCUGUGGCUAUAGUUGUACAACAAACAGCAAUCUGAAAAGCCACAUGUAUAUCCACUCCGGAGAAAAGCCUUACAGCUGUGACCUCUGUGGUAAAACCUUUAGCCACUCGAGCCACUUAACAGUUCACAGCAGGAUCCACACCGGAGAGAAGCCCUAUUACUGUGACUGUUGUAAUACAUUAUUCUCUACCUCUGGUGGAUUGAAGGAGCACAGCAAGAUCCACACUGGAGAGAAGCCGUACAGCUGUGACCUCUGUGGCUAUAGUUGUACAACAAACGGCAGUCUGAAAAGCCACAUGUAUAUCCACGCCGAAGAAAAACCUUACAGCUGUGACCUCUGUGGUAAAACCUUUAGCCAUGCUGGCGGUUUGAAAGAUCACUGCAGGAUCCACACUGGAGAGAAGCCCUACAACUGUGACCUAUGUGGCUAUAGUUGUACAACAAACAGCAAGAUGAAACGCCACAUGUACAUCCACUCUGGAGAAAAACCUUGCAGCUGUGAUCUCUGUGGUAAAACCUUUAGCCAUUCUGGCCAAUUGACAGUUCACCGCAGAAUCCACACAGGAGAGAAGCCCUACAGCUGUGACCUCUGUGGUAAAACCUUUAGACAGGCAAAUACUCUCACUCUUCACAGCAGGAUCCACACAGGAGAGAAGCCCUACAGCUGUGACCUCUGUGAUAAAACCUUUAGCCGGGCAGGUACUCUCACUCUUCACAGCAGGACCCACACUGGGGAGAAGCCCUACAGCUGUGACCUCUGUGAUAAAACCUUUAGACAGAGAGGGGAAUUCACAGCUCACCGCAGAAUCCACACAGGAGAGAAGCCCUACAGCUGUGACCUCUGUGGUAAAACCUUUAGACAAUCUGGCCAAUUGACUGUUCACAGCAGGAUCCACACAGGAGAGAAGCCCUACAGCUGUGACCUCUGUGGUCAAACCUUUCGCAACUCUGGCAAUUUGACAGUUCACAGCAGGAGCCACACUGUACAUAGAACCCUACAGCUGUGACCUCUAUGGUAACACCUUCAGAAAGACUGACCAUUUAAUAGCUUACAGCAGGAUCCACACAGGAGAGAAGCCCUACAACUGUGACCUCUGUGCUAAAACCUUUAGCCACUCCUGCCAAUUGACAGUUCACAGCAGGAUCCACACCAGAGAGAAGCCCUACAGCUGUGACCUUUGUGGUCAAACCUUUAGCUAGGCUGGCAGUUUAAGAUUUAACAGCUGGACCCAUACUGGAGCCAUACAGCUGUGACCUCUGUGAUAAAACCUUUAGACGGAGAAGGGAAUUCACAGUUCACCACAGAAUCCACACCGGAGAGAAGCCCUACACCUGUGACCUCUGUGGUGAAUCCUUUAGACAAUCUGGCCAAUUGACAGCUCACAGCAGGAUCCAAACUGAAGAGAAGCCCUACAGCUGUGACCUCUGUGGUGAAACCUUUAGACAAUCUGGCCAAUUGACAGCUCACAGCAGGAUCCAAACUGAAGAGAAGCCCUACAGCUGUGACCUCUGAUGUCAAUCCUUCAGACAAGCAUGCACUUUCAGAGUUCACCUCACAAGGAAACACACUGGAGAGAAGCCUUUUCUGUGACUGCUGCAAUAACUGCUUCUCUACCUCUAGGGAAUUGAAGAAGCACAGCAGAAUCCACACAGGAGAGAAGCCCUACAGCUGCCCACACUGUGACUAUUCAAGUAAAACAAAUGACCAUCUGAAGAGUCACCUGCAUAUCCACAAUACAAAACAAAGCACUGAUGUCUGGGGCCAAGCUGUCCCAGCUGUCACCACCUGAGAGAACUUCUGUAUGACCCACAGCUGGAAGAGCUAUAUUACUGAUACGCAGAAUGUCUGUGAGAGAGAGGCUUCUCUCCUUUUCAGGUCAAGAGGUCAUGUUGUGGCACUCCCAGGGUCUCACUUGUCCAGACUGACUGAAGUCAGUGAGGAGAAACUAUGCUGGAAAAGGCUUCAAUGAGUUAAGAUGCUGUCAGGUACAGUGAUGCCGGUAACGCGUUACUGUAAUCUGACCACUUUUUUCAGUAAUGAGUAAUCUAACGCGUUACUAUUUCCA